UAGAUGAGGCGCGCCGGUUGGUGGCUUCUUCUCCUUCGCGGCCUAAUUCGCCGGCUCGGUUCGUCGGAUCGCCGAGGUUUGCGGCGGCCAACGGCAGAUCGUCAGCUUUGAUCAAUGAUCGGAGAGAUCCACUCUCAAGGUCCGCUAGAAGGCACAGAGCUGUGGACAAUUUCAGCGGUGAGAUCCUCUCUAAAGUUGUUCGCCAUAGCCGCAACAAAUCAGAAUCCUUCUCAAUCUCCUCCGCCGCCGUGGAGGAGCCGAAAAAUCCUUCUUCCGCCGUUCAGAAAUGGAUAUCCAACGUCCUCAAACCCUCCAAUCCCCCAAUCUCCGAUCCUCCUCCCACUACUCGCAAAUCUCGGUUCCACACCGAUCUUCCCCCUUCUCGCCUCCCAAUUCCUCCGCCGGAUGCCCUUCUUUCUCCCCCGAAGACCCUAACGAAUCCGCCGCCGAGAAGAACGGUCUCGUCGCCGGCCUGUUCGAUUCAAUCGAUUAGACCUAAAUCCAAUCUAAAUGGGUUCUCGAGGGACGAUUCUGAAGAUCUGGAGUUUGGCCUUAAUGGGUUCCUUAAAGAGCAGCGUAGCAAAAUUCAGCAAAUCUCGGAUGGGCAGCUUAAUGUUGAAGUUAAAAUCAUUCUAUCCGGAACUUCAAACAGGCACUAGUUCAAUGGUAGCGGCAGUGUGCUAUGCCUGGCUACUAGAGAACAAAAUGAGGCAGAGUAAUGCAGAGAGCGGCCGAGUGUGUCUUGUGGUGCCUGUGAUGAAUAUGCAGAGGGGAAAUAUGUGGAACCAACGGCAGGUUGCUUGGCUCUUUUAUCACCUUGGACUCGAUGCUUCCUCGAUUCUUUUCACUGAUGAGGUGGACUUAGAAAGUCUGAUGAUGGCUGGUCGAACUAGCGUCCUCGUCGUAGGGCACGAUGUCCUUAAGAUGAGUGAUGGGGUUGGAUCUCAGUGCACCAUUCUUACUGAUAACUAUUGUGAGGAUGCCUAUCAUUUGCUUCAAACUCCUUUGUUGAAGAAUCUCUUGCUCGCAGGAAUUCUGUUGGACACAAAAAAUCUUGAUGGAUCGGCUCAAUCAUCGAUGACGAGAGAUGCCGAGGCUGUUCAGUUGCUAUCGGUUGGCUCGGCACCAAAUUGUAGGAACGGACUUUAUGAUCAGUUGAUGCGAGUUCAAAAGGAGCGUCCAUUUUUGGAUGCCUUGCAGCAAAGUUAUGGAAAGCCUCCUGAUGACGGUAGCAACGAUGACGCGAGGCAUGUAGAGCGUAUUAUGGAGAGGAAUCGAACAUCCAUCUCACCCCAUGAUGACACAAUUAACCAACAAAAGAAACCUAAUGAUUUUGGAACUGCCAAAACUUGCAGGGCUUCGCCGAAAUCCGCUAAACCUAGUUUGUUACCUAUUCAAACACCGGCUAGAGAAACACCCAACAUAUCUCGUGGAAAGAAUAAAAACUUCCUGGCAAAAUGGUUCGGUUUUGGGUCGAAAUGAGAUAAGAUUGGCUCGGUUCGACCGAGUUUUAGCUGAGUUCAGAGAUCUCGGUCUUUGUUUAUGAAUCAUAUUGGUUCGGUUUUGGGUCGAAAUGAGAUGCGUUCUUGCUUGAGCUGUUGAUGUUGAUCUGAGUUUUGCCUGUUACUUUUCUUUGUAGUGCAUUAGGUAUUGUAGUAAAGUAAAACAGUAGCUUUGAGUCUUUUUGAUGAUACUUUUGAACAGAAGAUUCAUUUAUGUUGCGGUGUUUGUAGUCUGUGAUUAGUAUUACAAAUGGUGCUUCUGUAAAAAGUUUGUAUAAUUGAUAUCAAAUAGAAUGUACCACUCGUAUUACAUUGGAAAUUCACGUGUUCGUUGCUAA